AUUCUGCUGAGCCUAUGCACAUUGUCCUGAGAUUAAUCACGAAUAAGGUGUACUAUUGGUGUCAAGAAACAAGAGACUUAAAAAAAAAAAAAAAACCUAAAAUCAACUGUUAGAUUUUAGAGUAAUUAAUGUAUUAUAGGCCAUCAUAGAUAUUGUUAAUUUGACAAUAUUUAGCGCGGCCUAAAAGACGUGGGAGAGAAGAUCAACAGCCAUUUAUCAGACUGUCAAGAAAUAAGAUUGCCUACAGAAACAGCAGCAGGCGACUGAUGAAGAAGAUUCAGUCAAAGUAGAACCUGUAAAAGGUAAAGAUGAUGAGAGCACUGGACCCGGGCCCUCCAGACUGCAGACGGAGAACCAUAGCUGUGGUGGCUCCCACCCUCUGGAUGAUGUCCCUGGAGGAGACUGCCCUGCAGGCCCAGCGGGAGUGUGAGAAGGCCUGGUGGGUGGCGGAGGUGCGGGGUAAGAACAUGCAGCUGGCAGUCCUCCUGGAGGAGAGGAGGAUGCUUGCCGCUCUCCUGAAGAGGGAGCGGGAUCAGCGCUACGCGGAGAGGAGAUCAGUGGCGCUGGCAAGAGAACAGGAGAAGGCCCUGUGGACCAGGCUGACGAUGGACGGGCUCACUGUGGAGAAGAGGAACGGCAUGAUGGCCAACGCCAAACUCACACCCAUGAUGAGCAGUCAGGAUCACGGACAGAAUCUGCCGUCCAGCUCCGCAGGUCAACACGCCUCCAUGACAGCACAUGUCAUCAAGGGAUACGCCAGAGGCCUCACUGGACAGGCCCAGCAGCUGAGACCGGUGGCCAGAAGUGAUGACGGCGGAGCUGUGAUGAAUGAAGGAAACACAACAUAUCACAACGCCAUAACAGACAUGAUGAAGGCCCACAGGCAGGAGGCUCUGAGGCAGGAGCUGCUGAGGAGGGAGAAGAGGAGGUCAGAGGUGUUUGCAAGAGAACAGAAGGCCCUGUGGAGCAGGCUAAUGAUGGACGGGGUCGCCAACGCCGUGGAGAAGAGGAUCGGCAUGAUGGCCAACGCCAAAUUCACACCCAUGAUGAGCAGUCAGGAUCACGGACAGAAUCUGCCGUCCAGCUCCGCAGGUCAACACGCCUCCAUAACAGCACAUGUCAUCAAGGGAUACACCAGAGGCCUCACUGGACAGGCCCAGCAGCUGAGACCAGUGGCCAGAAGUGAUGACGGCGGAGCUGUGAUGAAUGAACCAAACACAACAUAUCACAACGCCACAACAGACAUGAUGAAGGCCCACAGGCAGGAGGCUCUGAGGCAGGAGCUGAUGGAGAAGCAGAGAGUGAGGGAGAGAGAAGCGGAGGCGGCAGAGGCAGCAGAGGCCGGAGUGGGGGUCCGGAGCAGACUGCUGAGGUUCUGGAAUCUGCUGCGCAAGUCCAACUGCUUUGGCAACCGGAGGAGACGACAUGCAGCAUCACAGGACUGAGAGCUGAGAGCAGCAGGCAUUAAAGGAGAACGUCAUUACAAAAGUUAUAUUAAAU